AGAGUAAGAUGUGAGUGAUCCCCAAGUCGAAUAUAGCGGACACGCCAAGGUUCUCAAAUUCUCAGGAAAACUCCAUUUUAUCUUCUUCUUUGAAGAAAAGAAAUGGAAGAGAAGGCGAUUAUGGUGAUGAGUCCGGCUACACCUCCGAACGUUGCGACUAGGCCAGAGGUCUUUAGCGUUGAGGCAGGUGGGCCAAAGGCAAUGAGCCAAGCACAUGAACAUGUGCCAACUUCGGCUCAUACCAUUGAUCAUGAUUCAUGGGAACAAGUGGCCCUUCUUCUAGUGACGGGCUUCAACUGUGGGUACAUACUGACUUUUUCUAACCUAAUGCUGGUACCUUUGGGUUGGGCAUGGGGCAUGGCUUGCUUGGUUUUUGUGGGUGCCUUUUCUUUGUAUGCCAAUCACCUCUUGGCCGGAUUUCAUGUCAUCGACGGCCACAGAUUCAUCAGAUACAGAGAUCUCAUGGGCUUCGUGUUUGGAAAGAAAAUGUACUAUAUCACGUGGGUUUUACAAUUCUUGACUCUAGUUCUUGGGAACAUGGGAUUCAUCCUUCUUGGAGGCAGAGCUCUGAAGGCGAUUAAUUCAGAAUUUAGUUCCUCCCCAUUGAGGCUUCAGGUAUUCAUCAUCAUCACAGGAGUUGUCUACUUUACUUUUGCUUUUGUAGUUCCAAGCAUGUCUGCCAUGAGAAGUUGGUUAGGGGCGUCAACCAUCCUCACAUUCACCUACAUUGCUGCUCUCCUUGGAAUUCUAAUAAAAGAUGGUAGAGCUAACACAACAAAGGACUACAAGAUUAAAGGAAGCAAAGAAGAUAAAGUUUUCAAUUCCUUUGGAGCAAUUGCAGCAAUUCUCGUUUGUAAUACAUCGGGUUUGCUCCCAGAAAUACAGUCGACUCUUCGGAAACCUGCAAUAAAGAACAUGAGGAAAGCUCUGUACACACAGUUUUCAGUGGGUCUUGCAUUUUACUACGGAGUGAGCAUAGUUGGAUAUUGGGCAUAUGGUUCAUCUGUAUCGGAAUAUCUCCCCAAAGAGCUGAGUGGGCCUAUGUGGGUUAAGGUCUUUAUCAAUGCAACAGCCUUUAUCCAGUCCAUAAUCUCUCAACAUAUGUUUUGUGCACCAAUACAUGAGGCUCUUGAUACCAAAUACUCAAAACUAGAUGAAAGUGUGCACUCGAUAGAUAAUCUGAAGCGUCGGUUCAUCUUGCGUGCACUUCUCUUUGGGGCAAACACGUUUGUGACAGCCUUGUUCCCAUUCAUGGGAGAUUUUGUCAACUUGUUCGGAUCAUUCACACUCUUUCCACUUACAUUUGUAUUCCCAAGCAUGAUUUUUAUGAAGGUGAAAGCAAAAACAGCUAGAAAGGAAGAAAAGGCAUGGCACUGGGCCAAUAUUAUUUUUUUCUCUCUUCUAGCUGCGAUAACAACAGCGGCCGCCAUCAAAUUGAUUGUAAGGAAUGCAAGGGUUUAUCAUUUUUUUGCCGACACAUGAGUAUACGCACAUACACAUGCUACUUUUCUUUUCUUUUUUUUUUUUUUUCUGUUUUUUUUUUGGCAUUAUUUCAGAGGGAAUAGAUAUCUACAACCAACAUGAUAUUUCUAAUCAUAUUUGUUGGGUUUUGUGGUCUUGAAAGCCAAUCCUAGUGGUUCCCGUCACAAAUUGUCAUCAUAAAUGUAAUAUUUUGUUAUCUCGCUUGUCAUUUAGCAUAAUAUGGAUUGUGCUUAAGUGCAUGCUUUUACCGAA